AUGCAUAUACUCGUUAUCUUCAUACUUCUUUUCCAUUCUGCUUUUACUCAAUCUCCUAAAUGCAUCUGUACGGACGACUACAGGCCAGUGUGCGGAACAGAUGGAGUUACUUAUGAGAACAGAUGCAUGUUAGAGUGCUACAGAGCCGUAUGUUCAUACGAAGGUCAAUGCGUAAAUAAGAAACAGUCAAAUAAUAAA